UUCCUUUGGCAGUAGUUGUAUCACUAAACUGGAAACCGUGAGAGAGAGAGAGAGAGAGAGAGAGAGAGAAGGGAAAGUGGCCUAGUUUAAGCCACCUUUCCAACAGGAACUUGAGGGUGCUUUCAUAUCUAUCUAUCUCUUCACGAAUCUUUCUACUUCUAUUUGCUUUUCUAACCUAGAGUUAGAUAGAUCGAAGCAUAUUCUCUGUGAAGAGAAAUCCAUCAAGUACUGCUGCUUCCUUGUUUUACGUACAUCAUCUGAUCAACAACACACACACACACACACAGAGAAGGGGAGAGAGAGAGAGAGAUGCUGAGCCAAGGGUUGUUCGAGGAUCAAGAGAUGUCGACACAAAUGGGUUUCUUUUCCUUUCCUUCAAACAUGUCCUUAUUACCUCCGAUCCCUGCAGGAUCAUGCCAUCAAUCUCUGAAAACCCUACCAACCCUACCCCUUUCACAUGCAGCAGCUGCAGAUGCACCCUCCUCCGUUAACAUUAAUAAUCCCACUGAAACCCUCCUCUCUUCUCCCAAACCUUCAAAACAAAAGCAAGCCCCAGAAGAAGCUGUAUCUUAUCAUUUUGGAGAACCACAUCUUUCCCUCCAAAGAUCAACUACUGCAAAUCUCUGGCAAUGGGGAGAAGUUAAUGAAUUAUGCAUGAACACUAAGAAAAGUGGUGGAGAUGGCCGCGAUCUUGGAGUUUCAGCAAUGAGGAUGAAGAAGAUGAAAACGAGGAGGAAGGUAAGGGAGCCCAGAUUUUGCUUCAAGACCAUGAGCGAAGUGGAUGUGCUUGAUGAUGGUUACAAAUGGAGAAAGUACGGCCAGAAAGUGGUCAAGAACACUCAGCAUCCCAGGAGCUACUAUCGGUGCACACAAGACAACUGUCGGGUAAAGAAGAGGGUGGAGAGGUUGGCAGAAGAUCCCAGAAUGGUGAUAACAACGUACGAAGGCAGGCACAUUCACUCUCCAUCGCAUGAUGAUGACCUCGACCAUUUUCAUCAUUCCCACCCUCCUUUGCAACUUAAUAAUUUCCUCUGCUAGUUGUUAAUUAAUUAGCCUGAUAAUUAUUAAUCUCCAAGGGAACCUAAAUAUAUUCAAGUUAGUUACUUCUUCAUCAUGUAUAUGUAAUUUGCGUGCCUGUGCACAACAACAUUAAUUUGUUUUUCCUUCUAUAAAUGUCCUAAUUCCGAACGUAGCAUAUAUAAAGAGUUACAUAA